AUGACGCCUGAAGGGCUAGGAGCGGUGACCCUUGUAUGGAGACGCUCAGAGGCUGCUGGAACGAGCAAGAAUACCUCAACGCAGCGAAUGUGGGGGUACAGACGACCCCCCAAGAGACGCCGCUUAUGCACGCAAAAAUGGGCACAUGUGUGCAGUACCUCUGCGGAAGAGGCAUUUGUAAAAUGUGUCGUGAGUAAAUAUGAGCUCGUAGUGUGCGAUCGUUUUCUUGUCCACAAGCCAAGAGAGGCGAGAGCUAGAGGAUUGCUUUUAAGAAUUCUUAUUGCCGCGAUUGCGGCAGACCAUCUCCGAGGAGCGAUUACGGUUUUCAUCCUUUUGGAAAGUCUCCGAACCGCUGCAGACAUCCCGCAUCCACUCACCGCUUUCGAGAUUGCGGAGAUCAACCGCAACGCCUCGGAGACUAAUUGA